UUCCAUAAGGAUUAUGGGUACAGCAUCGGACAGUUACAUAAGUUUGCCGGAAGAACCACACAGGAGAAUGCAUAUCGCUUUCUAUCAAAAUCCAGAAUGAAAAUUAUACUAUAUCGUUUUGCUUUCGCAGGUGCGUUGGCAUGAUGCAGCGGUUUACAUGUAUCGCCACGUGCGGUGAGCUCCGCGGGUUAGUAAAGCGCUCAUACGUGUCAUCGCUGGCCUCCCCCUUGAAUAGGACCUAUACCACAAUGCCAAAACAGCCCCUAUGCCGUUCAUCGACGUCUAUCUAUACGUGCACCGCGGGUCCGCUUGGAGAACCGACCGCACGAUGUAGCUUGCAUAACGUGCGGCGACAAAGUGGGGUUUUCUCUCAUGAGAAAUACAGACACUACUGCACAGAGAGCGAGAAUGAACGGAAGCGCAUUGGCGGCCAUGGUCAUCAUGGCAUCACAGUUGUCGGCAUCCCCGAUCCACUCACGUGGAUUCGGAAUAAAGUCCACAUCUACUUGAUAGAACUCUAUUUUCAAUUGGGCAUUAACAAUGUGGAAUUUGACAAUGGAGUCAAGCAGGCACUGGUCCAUGUCUCCACCAUGAUGUCCAAUGGCAACUUUGAGGAGCUGAGAGGGUUGGUAUCAACAGAGAUGGUGGUCUAUGCGCAACAGAGGUGUAGGGCUCUGUCAGAAACCCAAAGAAGACAUCUAGCUAUCUCAUUGGACGAUAUUAUAUUUAUUCUGCCAGAGGAAGUUUCCGUAGUUUUUGAUUCAAAUGGUAGGAAGUUUUGCUUCAUUGUGAUGAGGUUCUGGCAUAUGUCCACUGCUGAUGUUCCUGAGGACCCGGAGAGUACCAAGAUAUUCAAAAUGGCCGCCACUGAAGAAGAAGGCCCACAGAAGAAGAUAGUGACAGCUGUCUAUGAAUUUCACCGGGAGCUGACCAGGGGAGCUGAACCUGAUUGGACAGUCACUAACAUCUGGCACUGGCACUGGAAACAGAUUGGGUGAUUGGACAAGACCCAUGAACACCUCUGUCACCAGGACACAGCAUCAGACCAAGCAUACACAGCACCGUUGACCUAAUUCAGUUCCGACAACAUUCAACUCUACAAAACAUUAUUAACCAACAGGACUUCAAUCAGCAGGACCAUUGUACUCAGCCAAGCGCACACAAACUCAACUGAACCAUUACAAGUCAACAGAAGAGUCACCUUGAAUCCUAGCUGCUUUGUAGGGUGGACUGGAUGGAACCAGAGCCCUACACACUGAAAUACAGAUGUAUUAUUUCUCCCUAAGUUCUCCAAUCUGAGGUUUGUUGGGAACAAUAGACUUUAUCUGAAUCUCCUCAGCAUGAACAAUUAGUGCCUACAAUAACCCUGCUGUUACAGUUUGUCCCAGAACAAAAUAAACUGCUUCAUGGUUUAAACUGUUGUUCUGUAUUGUCCAGAAACAACUUAGUUGUCUGAUUAUUCAGCAGUGAAAUUGAUGCCGCAUAGCGUCUAUAAAGGUAGGACACAAUUAAUAAACACAACAAUCCUCAGCAGAAGGGGGCGAUAGUGUUACACAAAUCACAAUAUGAAUGAGUGUUUAUUGAAAGCUGUUGGAUAAUAACUGGCAAGUCCCUUUAUCAUCGUAUAGGUGCUUAUAUGAUACACAUUUUACACGAGUGACUUCGGUUUAGUUUGGGAAAAAACAAGGAUAGGAUAGUAUACACAUACCGGUCCCACUUUAAAGGAAGUACAACUUGUAAAGGCUUUAUAUAGCAUAAAUGCUUCACAAAUAAUCUAUGAGCACAUGUCAUACAAAGUGUGUUAUGUCACAUUUGGCAAUUCACCCUACAGUGGUAAUGGUUAUGUCACCUUUUAUGCAUCAGUUAUAGAGUAUGACAGAUGCUUAGAUGAUUAUUUGUGAAGCCUUUAUGUAGUGCUAGUCCUUUUUAAGUUGUACUUUGUUUCAAGUGGGACCCAAAUAUCUGACAUUGUGAUUAAAUAUCUCAAAGGAAUCACAGAUGUCGGUGUACUAUAAUGUAUGAUACCAGUGCCAAAAUCAGACAUCCUCGA